AUGUCGGGUUCGUUAUGUGGUCUCAGUACUCACUCAGGUUUUGCAGAGGGUGUCUCGCAAGGGACGAGUGGUCCAGGACAAAGACUUUCUCUCCAGACUGACCUCUGGGAAGUGGUAACAAACUUCCUGGAGAAGAACGACCUGAUCGUCUUCUCUGAGUCUCAUCGCGGUGUCUACAGCGCUGUGAGCCACGAGCGCUGUCCUGCUUGUCAGGAUCAGCUCCUGACUCCGCAGGAGGUAUAUGACAAUUACGCAGCGGCUGCCGCUGAUGAGAACGCCAGGCUCAUGGUCUUCAAUCUGCACCCCGUGGAGAAUGCUGCCUGGGCAAUUGAGCGCGACGCGGUGAGUGAGAAUCAAGUAGACGACUAUGCUGCCAAGCUGGCCAAUGCGGUGACUGUAAGUGGAUUGUCAAUCCUGUCACUUGCCGUUCUUCGGGGAAGAAAGGACGUGGUGAAUGUUCUUCUGAAGCAUUGCGCGGACCCUACUUACGGAGGCGAAAAUGCUGACUUGAAGCCCUUGGACUAUAUCAGAUCCCCCUUCCAUCGAACUGACUCAGCAGGAGGAGACCCAGCGAGGAUCAAGGCCGCCGUGGCAAUGGUGGAAACACUGAUCAUGCGCGGGGCGACCUUCACCCAGAAGGGGCCCUGGGAUAUCAUUCUGUGGACUCGACGCGUCGACCUCAUUUGCGAGGCGGUCCGGAAUGGUGUGGAUCUCCUCAGUCUGCGCUGGGAGAGCCAGGGUGUAAGUCUGAGCCCGCUGAGCGCUAUCCUCCAUCACCCGGCCCUGCCCGAGGACAAGGUCCGCGACGAGGUCCUGCGGGAGAUCCUGGAGGCCGCGCCCAGAUUGAUGGACAUCAGCGACGGCGGGGGACGCACCGUCAUCCAUCAAGCCGUGCAAGCCCACCGGUGGAAUCUAGCGCAAGCUCUGCUCCGGUUCCCAUCCACGACAUGGCCGAUCGCCAACGACGGGCAAAGCGCGCUGACCAUCGCCAUUGCCCACGGUAAGACAAAACUGAUCGCGGGUCUGUUGGACCGCCCCGAGUACGAACUAGACUUCAUGCACGACGUCGACUCCAUGCUCCUGUGGCGUGAUGUCAACAGCCCCACACAGGAGUCCUUCCCGCUGAUGGUGGCCGUCGCAAAGGCGGCCGAGUGCCCCAGAGCCCUGUAUACGCUGGCCACCCACCCGCGCAUGUGUAUCCCCACAAACAUGCCCGGUCGCCUCAACGUCCGACAACUGGCGCUGGAGCUGGGGAUGGAGGUCGGCCUCGGUCCGCGCCAUGUCGCGCUGAUCAAAGCCAUCCCCGAGCGGUGCGAUUAUGACGAGGGAGAAACUUGCACUAGGACUAGGGUUGAGUAA